AUGGACGCAGAAGACGGGACUGUCCCCCUGGACGAGUCUUUUACGGAGACUGUCGAGUACCACGGCCGAUUAUUCCAAAAGUACGCGCUAACAAACGGCGUCUGUUUCUCCCCAGUCGAUGAGGACGAAGUCGCUCGCCUCGAAUUGAUGCAUUCCGUGCUCUGCCGAGUCUUUGACAACAGACUCAUAUUCCCCCCGGUUACCUCACCAAGACGAGUGCUCGACUGCGGGUUUGGAGCUGGUGAUUGGGCCAUUGACGUAGCGAAGCAUUUUCCAAGCUGCGAGGUGAUUGGAAUUGACAUCAGCCCUCAUAUGAUACCCGAAGACCAGCCACCCAACCUCGACCUCCAGAUUGACGACCUGAACGCAAGAUUUACUUUCCCUUCGGCCCACUUUGAUAUGGUUCAUAGUCAAAUGGUCAGCGGUGGGAUCGGCAUCAAUCGAUGGAGAGGAUAUAUGCAGGACAUAUUCCGCGUGCUUCGUCCAGGAGGGUGGUGUCAGAUGGUUGAAGUAUACUUGAAUGCUCAAUCAGAUAAUGGAACUCUGACCAGGGAGCAUGCGUUGUCCAAGUGGUCAAGCCAUUAUCUCUCGGCAUUGCAUCCUUUCAAGAACCCUCGCGCAGCUCUGCAGCUAACACAGCUGAUGGAAGGCGCUGGAUUCGCAGAAGUCGAGUCGCGACUGCUGACGCUGCCAAUGUGUCCUUGGUCUAGUGAAGCAAGAGAGCGUGACAUCGGGCUGGCCAACGUCGAAAACAUUCCACUGUUGCUGCGCUCGCUGGGACUGUACCCCUUGACCGAGCUGAAAGGCAUGCCCGUGGACGAGUUCGACAAUUUGAUUGGCCAAGCAAUGGCAGAGGCGGGCGAUGCUUCGUACAAGGCAUACUUCCCCUUGUACGUCUGCAUAGGGCGGAAGCCGAGAAGAUAA